GUGCUAACCUGACAAUUGUAGUACUUGACGCGCGUGUUUACGGAUGUGGUUCCUGAGCUCGUGCGGUGUGCAAUUUAGUGAGAUUUGGGGAAUAAAAUUGUGAGAUUAGAAAGAUGGUGAAAGUAAAAGGACCGCAAGGAGGAAAUCCGAAUCAUAAAAAGCCACAAAAGAAUGUUACAAAACCGGGUGGCGUUGUCAAGGCGAAAAAUAAGGUUAAUGGCAAGAAUUCGGCUUCAGCGGGUUUCAAGCAGGCCGGGAAGGAUAAAAACUUGGCUGUACAGAAAAACAAGGGUGGAUUGCAACAGAAAGAUAAAAACGAGAAACCACAAAUAAACGUUAAGAAGAACAAAGCAAAGAAUCAUAUCAACGGGAACAGUGGUCCUAAUCCUAAACAUGCCGAAAAUAAACAAGCAAAAGUUCAGAAAACUGAAAAUAAAAAGGAAAAUAAAGCUAUAAAAGCGUUGUCUAAUCUCAAAGAUGCGGUUCCACCUGCUCCAUUUGGGAAGAAGUCGCAAGCGGCAAAAUCCGUGAGCAAUAAACCGAAAGCACCUACACCACCUCAGGCUAAUGGUAACAAGCAAAACGUGCCUAAGGAAGCGCAUAAACUUCCGAACGAAGCUAACGCAGCCAAGGAGAAGAAAGAAAAGAAGAAUAAGCAAAAUAAGAAAGCUAUGAAAAAGUCGAAGCGGGAAACCGAAACCGAAGGAAGUGCCCCGAACUUCGUCGUUGAUAGUAAAGGCAAAAAGGAGUCGGAAGGGCUACCAGAAGGGGCUCCCUUUAAUGAGGCGGAAUUCAGAAAGAUUAUUGCAGCUCCGAAUGUGAAAAAGGCAGUCGUUGGUUUACAGAAACUUGUACGCAAAGCGAGUGAAAAAAUGAAGAAUAAAGUGUUCUCCGAUUACAAAUAUCUUCUGAAUUUGACGUACUUCAAAGUCCCAAACUGUCCAAAGCGUAUAGUGAAAUUGCAUUUAGCUCAUCCACUUCACCACCCCGAGGAAGACGACGUUUGCUUCAUUGUUCGCGAUCUGAAACGGGGCAUGAAGCAUGAUUACGAAACAUCAAAGGAAAAGUAUGAGGAAAUGCUGCGUGAAGCAGGAGUGACAUGCAUCAAAGCGGUGAUUCCGUUCAAUCAGCUCAAGAAGGAAUAUGGAAGUUACGAAAUGAAACUGAAACUGAGGAACACUUACGAUGGAGUGCUGUGCGACGGAGCGAUCAUUGGGCAGGUGGUCGGAUUCCUGGGAAAGAAAUUCCAAAAACGUGUACCCAUCCCCGUGCGUAUGAACACGAAGAAUUUGGCUCGAGAAAUUAAAACAGCAAUGAACAGGACGUCAUACAAACAAGGUCAAAAAGGCUCACUUAUCUCAAUCCCCAUAGGUACAGAUAAAAUGAGUGUUGAUCAAUUGACAGACAACAUCGUGAAGAUCAUUGAACAAUUGAAGGAAGUCUAUGUGGGUGGUUAUGAAAAUAUUCGCUCUAUGCAGGUGCGAAGCAAUAUUGCCAGUACUCAAUCAGUGCCUAUCUAUGUAAGUCUCUGUAGACCGCCAGAGAAAACUCCUUUCGUGAUUGGACCAAAAGAAGAGAAACUUAUGAAAAUUGAAGCAAGUACGAAAGAAGGUUUAUCGAAAUUCCAAAUUACAAGCGAGGGAAAAGUUGUAAAAGCUAGUGGUAAGCGUACAAAUAGUGAAGAAAUUGGCGACAACGUGCCGAAAAGUAAGAAAGCUAAAAAGGAAGAAAAUGAAAGUGAGUCUAAAGUUGAGUUCCAGGUGGAAAAAUCACAAACAUUAAAAGUCCCGGUAACUAAAUCGGAACUCAAAGAAAAGGCCGCAAAUAAAAAUGAAAAGUUAGUAAAUGCCAAGAAAAAGAACACACUCCUCUCAAAACAGGAAUCAAUAAGCAGCAAUGAAGAAGAGGAUGUGGGAGAUGACGAUAGUGAAAGUGUCAGUGAUGACAAUGAGGAGGAAGAUGAUAGCCUUGAUGAAAGUGAUAUCGAUAUUAAUAGUGCAGAACAGGUUUUAAAGGAAGCUCUUGCGAAAUCGAAUAAAUCUAAAGUGGGGACGGAAACCGCAAAAAAAACGAAAGAAAAUGAAUUGGUUAAGCAAAAAGGAAAACUUGCCAUUGCCAACCAAGCUGAGAGUACAGACGGAGAAGAUGAAGAUAUUUCUGAUGAUGAUGAAGAGGAUGAUGAUGAUGAUGAUGAAGAGGAUGAUGAGGAUGAUGAGGAUGAUGAUGAUGAUGAUGAGGAUGACGAUGACGAAGGGGAUGAUGACGAUGAAGAGGAUGACGAUGAUGAUGACGACGAAGAUGGUGAUGAUGAUGAUGACGACGAAGAUGAAAGUGACUAAAAAGUUUUUUCUUGUAUUAUCAAAAAAAUUAAUUUGAUAGUAAGUUGAUAAAAUAAAUGCACUUUGAAGUGAAAAAUUGA